AUGGCUCUAAAGCUUAACCCUUUGGUGGCAUCUCAGCCCUACAAAUUCCCUUCCUCGACUCGUCCGCCUAUCUCUUCUUUCAGAUCUCCCAAGUUCCUCUGCCUCGCUUCAUCUUCUCCGGCUCUCAGCUCCGGCGCCAAGGAGGUUGAGAGUUUGAAGAAGCCAUUUACCCCACCUAGGGAAGUGCAUGUUCAAGUCUUGCACUCCAUGCCACCUCAAAAGAUCGAGAUCUUCAAAUCUAUGGAAAACUGGGCCGAGGAGAAUCUUCUGAUUCAUCUCAAGGAUGUUGAGAAGUCUUGGCAACCCCAGGAUUUCUUGCCUGAUCCUGCAUCGGAUGGGUUUGAAGAUCAGGUAAGAGAGUUAAGAGAGAGGGCUAGAGAGCUCCCUGAUGAUUACUUUGUUGUUUUGGUCGGGGACAUGAUCACAGAAGAAGCACUUCCGACCUAUCAAACUAUGUUGAACACUUUGGACGGAGUUAGGGAUGAAACAGGUGCUAGUCCUACUUCAUGGGCUAUUUGGACAAGAGCUUGGACAGCAGAGGAAAACCGACAUGGUGAUCUUCUGAACAAAUACCUUUACUUGUCUGGUCGUGUUGACAUGAGGCAGAUCGAAAAGACCAUUCAGUACUUGAUUGGAUCCGGAAUGGAUCCGCGGACAGAGAAUAACCCCUACCUUGGCUUCAUCUAUACUUCAUUCCAAGAAAGAGCGACCUUCAUCUCUCACGGAAACACAGCCCGCCAAGCCAAAGAGCAUGGUGACUUCAAACUAGCCCAAAUAUGUGGCACAAUAGCUGCAGACGAGAAGCGUCACGAAACAGCAUACACGAAGAUAGUUGAGAAGCUCUUUGAGAUUGAUCCUGAUGGUACAGUCAUGGCUUUUGCAGACAUGAUGAGAAAGAAAAUCUCAAUGCCUGCUCACUUGAUGUACGAUGGGCGCAACGACAACCUCUUUGACAACUUCUCAUCCGUGGCUCAGAGGCUCGGUGUUUACACUGCGAAAGACUACGCAGACAUUCUUGAGUUUUUGGUUGGUAGGUGGAAAAUUGGGGGCUUAACUGGGCUUUCAGGUGAAGGAAACAAAGCACAAGACUAUCUAUGCGGGUUGUCUCCAAGAAUCAAGAGAUUGGAUGAGAGAGCUCAAGCAAGAGCCAAGAAAGGACCCAAGAUUCCUUUCAGCUGGAUACAUGACAGAGAAGUGCAGCUCUAA